UUUGAUGAACUGGCCCAUUCGGUGAAAUUGGCAGAAACAAAUCUUGCGCGCAUUAUUGGAUCCAGCUCAAAACAUUUUAGGGAUAAUCGUCAUGCCGAGGCACACAAAAAAAGGCAGCACCAGAUCCUGGCUAUGGUUUUUCUGAUAAAACGUGUACAGAUCAAGGAAUCUGCCGUGUGUCCAAGAAACAGGAUAUUCAACCAGUAUGUGCAGCUGUGCCAGCAGUAUGGAGUGCAGCCUGUCGUGAAUGCUUCUUUUGGUAAACUUGUCAAGGCGCUUUUUCCAGGCAUCAAGACAAGGAGGCUGGGAAUUAGAGGUUCCAGCAGAUACCAUUACUGCGGCAUAAAACUGGUAGGAGACGCUGAUGAAGUUGAGUCCUUGGCGUCGACCACGUCGACGACUCCCACCACUGGGUCACCAGCCGCUGCUCAAGCAAACGAAAUGUCUCCUGACACUCAAUUCGAUCUAAGUUUGGAGGACACUUUCCUCAACAGGAUGACCAUCGAGGAACCGGAUCUCGGAAUCAGUAAUAUUGGCAGCAUAUUCCAUUUUUUUGACUCUGCUGAGCAGAAAGAGCUGAAAGAGAUUGAAAAUUAUUACGCAGCUCACUGCCGCAAGGUUUUGCAUUGCAUUCGAUUCAUGAAAAUCAAGACUCUGUUCGAAAGCAUGUCUUCGGAUUUCUCAGGCUUAUCCAUGCAUGCGAAAAGUC